AUGUCUGAUUUAUAUGACCCCCCGCAGUCCGAAAUCCCGGAGAACGUCUUUGUCGGCGUCCUCUGGGGCGGAUUCGCGCUAAGCACGCUCUUCAGCAGCCUGCGCUUCAUUAAGCGGUACCAAACGUUCCAGACACUGUACAUCGACGACAUGUUCAUCCUGCUCGCAUGGACGCUCGCACUAGCCAGCACCAUAACCUGGCAAGUCAUCGCGCAAGACAUGUACCACAUGGGCACUUCCCUAGUAACCAGCAAACAACACACGGCCUACACGUUUCGGAUCGCGCGCUUCUUUGCCGCCGUCGCCGUCUCCAAGAUCAUGUUCUACGCGCUGCUGUGGUGCGUCAAGCUCUCGUUCCUGCUCUUCUUCCGCCGCCUCUACGUCAACAUGGGCAGGGUGGCGCGGCUGUGGUGGGCGGUGCUGGCGUUUACGCUCGCGGCUUGGGCCUGCUGUAUGGGCACGCUGGAGUAUCGGUGCCUGUUUGAUCGCUUUUCGAAGGAGGCUAGCCACUGUCGUGAUGGGAGGGGGUUGCGCUAUCAGCGCGACACGCUGGUCGCUAAUGCCGUGCUAGAUAUUACGUCGGACCUUGCUGUCACUGUUAUCCCCAUUAGCAUGCUUUGGCGCGCUCGUAUAGAUGGGCGGCGCAAGGUUGGCCUCGCGGCUGUAUUCUGCGUCACGCUCAUCACGAUGGUCAUCGCAGCCAUGCGGGCAGGAUUGACAAACUCAUCCCUGAACCAGCUAGACGCCGGGUCUCUAUUCAUGUGGACGCACGUCGAGAGCUAUGCCGCACUUAUCGUAGCCUCGCUGGGCUCGUUUCGUGGCCUUUUCCACAGCCAGAGCUCGCCAAAAGCCGCGUCUCCGGAACCCGAUGUGGAAGCUGCCGAAGCGUCGGACUCUAGGCGCUGGAGGCCGCUUGUGCGGGGUUUUACUAAUUUGUUUACUGCUACGGCUUCUAAUGGGUCUUCUAGGUCGAGGACUGAAAACGAUACUUUGCAGGGGAUUAUCGAUAUGUACGGUAGUAUGGCGAGGGAACCUUCGUCUGCGACGAGUCCUGUCUAGUGUAAUGUUGGUGCAGUAAUUGGGAGUGGUAAUGGGAUUUGUAUAAUAUAAUCAAAGG